AUGGAUCAGCUUCCGCCUCUGGGCAAGGACAUCCGCGAUGUUAUUCUACCAACACUGAAAAUCUACGACCCAUUACUGCGAAAGAAUGCGGACAAGAUCCGCUCCAUAAAGAAAGAGACCCAUUCAUACGGACCUUCGGAACGGCAGCAGCUUGAUGCCUACCAUGCAGCAAAGCCCAGACUCAUCAAUGGUCGGCAAGCGGUUCUUGUGUUUCUCUACGGCGGUGGACUAGUCAAUGGCCACAAAGUGCUUCCUGGCUACGCCGACGACCUCUGCCACGCCAACGUUGCGGCUUUCUUCGCCUCGCAUUAUGGGUACAACGUUGUCGUCCCAGACUACCGACUGGUGAAUUCUCAUGAUGCCAAGUUCCCUUCAGGCGGAGAGGAUGUUGCUUUGGCUGUCGAGUGGGUCUUUGAGAAUGCUGGUACCUUUGGCCCUGAGCCAAUUGAUCUUUUCAUCAUGGGCAACUCGGCAGGUGGUGUGCAUCUGUCUACGUUCCUCUUGCAUCCAGAUUCUGCGACGGCGAGAGCAAAAGUCUUGAACGGGAGCGGCGUGCGGUUGAGAGGCGCCAUCCUCCUGUCCGUUCCAUUCAACUUCGACUAUUCGCAUCCGAGCCGCGCAGAGGUACUCAAUACCUACUUCGGAAACCACAAAGCCUUCUCUCCACAAGGACUGCUGAAAACCGCCCAGAAUCAAGGAAGCAUUGACUUUAUUCAAGCCGGAGUCAGAGCUUUCAUUCUGGACGCAGAACUUGACCCGGAGGACGAGAUCCUGCAGACUCGGGACGAUUUCAUCAAGCAGUGGAUGCUCGAUACAAGCAAAGAAAACCGCGGUGCAUUGGCUGUUGAUUGGAUGCCUCGCCAAAACCAUAUCAGUCCGUUUUGCAGUUUGAGUACGGGACUCGAAGAGGAAGAGGCCUGGGGUCAUCAAGUGGGUGCCUUUUGCGACAAUAUCAGAAAAUUUCGACCUUCCUAG